UUAUGUUCAAUCAGCGAGAUGCUGCCGGAUAGAAUGGAAUGAAGAUUUUCCAAUCUCAGUUGAGACGGACGAGACGCAUUGAUCGGGUGACUUGUAAUUGAAUUCCCUAGCAUUCGGAUGUGAUUGAGCAGGGAUUACUCCAACAAUGGGCGUGACUGUUAUGGACAACAGGUCAUACUAUCACCACCAGGAUCUGACUACAGAUUACGCGGUGGAAAUAGGUCAUGGGGUCUUCCAGAAGAACCCAACAGAUGAAAAGAAUGCUAAUUUACUGUACAACAUCCUCAUACCUUUAUUUGGAGCCAUUAUAAUAAUUUCUAAUCUGGUGACGUUCAUAUCCAGCUGUGUCACCAUAAAGAAAAGUACAAAGCCAAAAUUGAUGUACCUUCUUCUGGGCAACAUAGCUCUUGCAGAUUCAUUAACUGGAUUAGUCGUAAUUUUUGGACAAGUCUAUCCAGAGAAUUUGAGAGAUCAACAGAUUUGUGCUGCGCAAAUUGGGCUCAUUAUAGCCAGUACUUUAAUUACUAUAUACACAGUGGGCAUUAUAGGUAUUGACAGAUUUCUCUACAUAUUUUACGGAUAUCAUAAUCACAAAUGGUUUUAUUCCAAGAUAAUUUAUGCCUCAAUAGUAAUUGUUUGGAUUUUAAGUUUGCUUGUUGGAUAUCUCCCCUUGAUGGGAUGGUCUAGGACUGCGAAAAACCAACAAGCCUGCUGCUUCGUAGUGAUUGUACCAGAAACUUUGAUACUCAUCAUAGCUAUAUUAUACAUUGUACCAGUAACAGUGAUCCUACUUUUAUACUCCCUAGUUUUAUACAGAGCAUCAAAAAAAUUUUCACUUCAAGAGCUAUUAGUUGGAAAACCAGUCUCUCGAGAUUUACACAAGAGGAAGUCUCAAAUGGAUAAGAGGAAAAAAAUUCAUGAAAUGAAUGGAGGAAACCAAUCGAAAAACUGUUGUUUGAAAAUAUUAGGAAAGGAGUUUUCACCCGCUGUAAAUAAUUCGAAAAGGUGGAAAGCAGCAAAAGUUGUUUUCUUUUCAACAAAUAAUUUCUUAUUCACGUGGUUUCCAUAUAUUAUAGUCAGCUUGUACUACACGUCAGUUUGCAUAGACGACAGCUCUAAACGAUGCAGAUCACUGAGUCUGGUAUUAGCAAGCCCUCUAGCAAUGCUAGGAUUUGUUAACAGUCUGGUAAGCCCCAUUAUAUAUGCUUGGUGGCAUAAGGGCUUCAACAGAUACAUAAAGAGAAGAAUAAGUACUUUCAGAUUGAGAAACCCCAGCCAUAGUAAAAAAAUUGUUCCUUAUGGUUCUUCCAAUGCUACUAUGACAACCAUUCUAGAAAAUUCUAAUGAACACAUCACCAGUGUUUGAUAAAUGCAUCGGAUUGGCUUUUUCAAAUGAAAAAUUUGUAAAAUAUUCAACUGACUAUGAUAUCUUAUUAUAUUUUAUAGUUCUUCUAAUUUUGUACAAAUUGUUUUAUAAUUAAAUGACUAACUAAAAAAUUGUGU